AUGUCAGACCCUCGAGAACAUACCAAUCUCGAUUUUUUUAACCUGAACUUAGGCUCAUGGAAUAAUGGUUCUGGUAUGGAACUAGUCAAUAAUGAUAUUUGGCCUCUCAAUUCGGACUCUUACCUUGCUCAUGCCAAACUGGGCAACAUGGCUCUUCCCGCCCCAAAACAACCCGAAAAACUAACUGUCGACUCUAAACCGGACCCUGCAAUUACUUGGUCUAAUAAUCCUUUGAGGCUCUCUAACAAAAUGUCCAUUUGGUCGAGUGAUAUGCAAGUAUCAGAAGCAAAGUCAUCAGGUAAUCACAACCAACAUUGGGGAAGUUCAACUAAACAGAGUGUUUCACUUAUCUAUGAUGAUGUCUGGGACUCAUCUCACGAUCCUGUGUUUCAAGUGCCAAUGGUUACUAGUGAUACUGAUCCUUGGAAACUUAGUCCAACACAUUGUAUUGGUUCCCUCACAGAUGCGCCCAUUACUAUUGCGGAUCCGGGUGUCUUGGCUGGUACAUCCAGGUCUUCCGACAUACUUCAUGAUAGUCCCGCUAAUAGCCUUCCUUAUGUUACUGCGAUGCUUUCUGGUCUGAAUCUUGCUCCUAGGAGUCUCGAUGAAACAACGUCCGGUGUCAAAACGUCCAUUGUCUGUGCUAACGUGAAUGAUGUUGCGUUCUCAGCAGAACAACUCUGUGACAGACUAAUCAAUACAAACGAGGGUUGGGGUCGACGACCAAUCGAUCAAGCAACACCUUGGGAGCCAUUAGAUCCAAAGUUGGGUGACCAAGUGAAUCGCAGUGGCAUAACUACACCUACCCCGGGAGCUUGCCCUUCUGGGUAUGUAAGUGGAAGUCUUAGGAUAUCUCAUACCCACUCAGCUGAUUCUAACGUUUGGGCAUGUGGACCGCCAACAGGAACAGGAAUAUGGGAAAUGCACUAUGAAAGUUUAAGUGGACGCUCGUCUGCAUGGCAGGAAGAAUCACAAUCCUCGACUUACCGUGAUGCUUCGUCUGUUACCCAUAUUAGUCCUAGUACUUUAAUAAACUGUAACAUGAACGCUAAUUCUCGAGGUGCAACACCAAUGCCACUUAACCGUCGAGACUGGGAAGAUAAUGAAAAUAGAUUAUCCAAAAACUGGAGUCUCGGCCACUCUGAAUCCUCAGACCACAGCAGCUUAUUAUGGAACUCGGUGUGUGUGACUGAUAGUGAAGAUAGUGUUAGUGGGGAUAUCAUCCAUAGACGCCCACUAGUAACAGUUGGUUGCAGUCAGGAAACUUUUCGGAAUAGUGGAAAUGUUCAACAAUCCAAUGGUCGUCCUGUACUUGGUAGUACUCGCCCUAUAGUCCCGACACACAAUCCAUCAGACGAGUUCUCGUGGGAUCCUGAUCCGAAUUUUUUGAGGUCCGGUGUCAAUCCGAACGGAAUUGUUUCAUGGGACACGUCACCCAAUAGCGUGGUCAGCACCACUUGGGGGACUCUUGGUACUUCCAACUUAAUAAGUUCUAUACAAACUCACUUCCCACCUGUUUCAGAUGAUGUUAGACAUCAACAGAACUUCAUGAGUACUAACUCACUUCCUCAGGGAUCUGAACGAUUACUAAUUCACCCAUACAGUAAUACCUAUCGCGCAGAUCUGGUCAAAUACUUAAUGAGCCAAGGAUUUAAAAGAGAAGAUGCACAUGCUGCUUUAAUUGCCUCCAAUAUGGAACCAGAUAAAGCUAUAGUCGAAUUACGGGAGCGUUACAGCACCAAUAAGGCUAUUAAUGCCAUGACACAACCUCCAGAGCUUAAUCGUAAUUAUGGAGCUGAUAGCGUUCUGCACGUUGUAACAAGAAACGGACCCAUGUACCAGCUGUCAAAUAAUACGUCUUUAUCACAGUUUGCACCUUCUGGAAAUAACUCUUCGGUGUCUGCACAAAAUCAUCGUCUGAAGCAGUCAGGGUUGUGCGUGUCUACGCAAAGUAAUACAACUCAACUUUUAUCUAUGCAACCAGUCCCUAACUCUCAAUUCAUGCGACAGCAGAUUACACAACAGGUUCGAUCGGCCUUAAACCUUUCCAUUCCAAGUCCGUUAGGUGUACAGACGAAUGGGAGUGCCACAAUGGGAACCUGUGGUGGUUCGCUUUUGGGAAAGCCUCCAUCUCUUUCCUUAUCAAACGUUAAUUCCAACAUUCCAACUGCAUCGUCUACUAAUCCACAUUCAAGCACUACUACUAGUUUAUGUCCUAUCAAAAAUAAUCGUACAUCUACUGGACCAGCGUCUUUAAACCAAAACUCAGCGAAAAGGUCGCCUCGUCAAAUUUCGAUCAUAAACUCCAUGAUUGAAUUGCAGAAAAAACAUCAGAGUAUUCAACACCAAUUAAAUAUGUAUCAUAAUAACCCUGCCCUUCGUUCACAACCUCAGUACGCGGACGUAUUUGUUGAACUCCAAGGUCAAAUGCAACAAAUUGAAACUCAGUUACACGGAAAGCGAGCACAGCUUAACAUAACUCGUGCUCAAGAUUCUGUAACACAAUCUGUAAAGAACCCUUUAAUACCGACGAAUGGUACCGAUAUUUCUGAUAACUCGUUUCCUGCUAUUGGAACAUGGAUAUCUCCUUCACCCCAAUGUGGCGAAAUCUUUGAUAAAAACGUCAUGGAUGGAUCAGCUUCUAAGUUGAACAACUUCACGCGCACUCCUUCUUGCAAGAUAUCUGGUAGUUGGUCUCCUACCUGGUCUUCAUCUGUUAUAAAUCCAUCCUGUCCAAAUAUUCGAUCCAUUCAUAAUCAAUGGCAACUAAUACAUAAUCAACAACGAUGUGCUUUAGAGAGUAACUUGAAGUUUCCGGUGUCAAAAAAUAAUCCUUCGAGUACCCUAUCUAUUGAAGCUCAAGGUCAAUGGCUACUAGUGCAACCACUCUUAGGAUGGAACGGUACAAACAUCCACAGCCUUCAAAACAUUUUAUCAAAUCAUUUUAAACUUACUAGUUUUCAUGUUUUGAAUCCAAGCAGCUGUAGUGUACUUAUAAGGCUUCAAAAUAUAGAGGACUCACUGCAGUUAGUGAAGUUUUUUGGUGACCGUUUAUCUGUAGAACCGUUGUCUGAUCACGAUGCUCGCGUUCAUUUGCAACAGCUAUCUUUGAACGCUUGUGGAGAUGGCCUAAUAUCCAAUCAGUUUAAUACGUCAUCUGAUAUACAUGCCACACCACCUAGUUUGAAUAGCAAUGGACAAUUUUACUCCUCCAUGAAUUCAAAUAACAAAAAGCCUAAUCCUCAUAUAGCUCGUUUUGGAAUAACUAGUCGUCUGAAACACCAGACAGAUUGUAAUCCCAGCACGACUGAAAAAACUAAUCGAUCUGCGGACAAUCCUGGGCCUUGUCUAGAUAGCACCGUACGUAAAGCUGAUGGGAUGAGCGAUAGUGAUUUUGACGAACGGGAUGUUUCGGUAGAAGACGAUGACAGUAUUCCUCCAGAGGAAGAUGCUGCUGACGAGGAAGAAGUAUCAAGUCUCAUGAAAGAAAGUCAAAUGUCAUUAGAUGAACUUUUAGCUACAUACGGAAUUCCUGCAAACCCUUACGGGAAAGACGGCGACUCUGUUGCAGUUUCCUGUAGCAACAUUUCCAGAGGUAAAUCUGGGCGCUUAAAAUGCAUUCGACACACUGUUACUCCUUCAAGUUUAGCUUCAUUACAGGAGGAAUCGGUAUCAUUACCUCCAGCUAAGAAGUUUCGUCGUGCUGCUCACAUAUCUCCCUGCUUAAAUAUUGGAAAUAAUGAUAUUUCUACAGGAGGAACUAGACCAGUAUCAUCAGCUAAUUACCCAACCAUUCGUUCAUCGUCAGAUAUUGAUGCAUUGGUAGAUAAAAACAAAGUCGAUACACCUCCAUUACGUUGUCUCACUGUAUUUCCACAUCCACACUCAGUCCCUUGUUCGCAUAGCACUAGUCCGGUGUCUAUAGAUGUAUCAUCUUCCGAUCCUCCUUCAGCCACUGCAACUCCUAAUUAUCCAAAACAACAUGCCUCAGAAGACUCAACUAUUAGUCGCAAAAGCUCAUCGCGUAGUCAUCUACAUAGGUCCCGCUCAAAAUCUAACCUAGCUAUCCAUACUUCUGAAUUAUUGGACAGUGCAACUCCAAAUAAAGAGAAUCAGUUGGAGGAAGAGGAUGUUGAUACAAGUGUGCCUAACUUUGAGCUGGAUGUAGAAAAUCAUUUCCAGAAAAAUGAACAAACUAUUGACGAUAAGUUUGAAGUCAACCAAGAUUAUUCUUCACGUUUCUGGAAGAGUGCAAUUACUGGUCAAGAAACUACACCUUCGUACAAUUCAGACGAAGACGAAGACUACUGUCCAAGUGAAGAUAGUGGUCGUGAUUGGAAAGGUGAGAUAAAAAUUGGUGAAGAUUAUCAGGCAAAUAUCCCUAUACUUGCCCUAGCAUCAAAUGUAAUGGAGAAUCAAUGUGAUGAAAGUCGAUCAUCGUAUUAUGGUUCUGAAAGGAUUUUUCAAGAAUCUAGUCUUGUAUGGAAACCUUCGGAAAAGCUCUGUGAAGCUGAUGUCACACGCUUUGAGAGAUCAUAUGCCCAAGUUGUUCUGUCAACACUGCCUACUGAACGAACAAUAGACGACGAAGAGGCUUUAUUCUUGUUAAUGCGUUGUGAUUAUGAUACGGAUGAAGCGCUGCAACGAUUACAAUUUAAAGCAGUAUCACCAAUGGCUGUUCCCGGUUAUCUAGAUUCAUGGUCGGAGUCUGAUUGUGCAGCAUUUGAGAAAAGUUUCGCUUUAUGUGGAAAAGAUUUUCGUCAAAUACGAGAGACACGACUUCGUCAUAAAACUGUGUCGGAGCUGAUUCAUUUUUAUUACCUUUGGAAGAAGACAGCACGUCAUGAUGAGUUUGCACGAAUAUAUCGUAGGGAUAAAAAGAAAUCUUCACAUCCUAACAUUGCUGAUUUUAUGGAUUGUUUGGCUAUGGAACAAGAAAUUCUAGCGGAAUCCUAUAUGCAAAAUGCCAGUGAUAUAGUUUUGUCAACUGCAACAUCGAAUGCAGAUAUUCAAUCCUAUCCUCAUAAAUCCAUUCAGCAUACUUCAAUCAAUAAUAUCGGUUCCAUAAAAGCUGGUGGUUGUCAGAUUGGCUCAUCAAUCAUUUGUAACAAUGGUCAAAAUACUGGAGUAGUGUCAGCGAAUUGUAGUGAAACAUACGAUAUGAUAAACAGUGAAGUCACCACCAGUAUAUGCUUAGAUGCUCCUGGAAAUCAAUGCAAAUCGAAAACAAAUGGUAACUCGUUGAAUAUAUCAGUAAAUACAACUAAUAAUAAUAAUAAUAAUAAUAAUAAUAAUAAUAAUAAUAAUAAUAAUAAUAAUAAUAAUAAUAAUUACAAUGGGGCUUUUUGUAUAAAGCAAUCAGAGCAUAUGCCUAGUUCAUCAUCUACACGUUCUACACGUACAGCAUUGUCAUCAACUGUAACUGUUUAGAGUUGACGGCGUUGGAAAAUAUAUUCGAUACUUUUUUUGGCUACAUUUUACUGUUUCUUGUUCUACAUGUAACACUCCAAUUUUUUUAUGCACUGCUUCAUUUAAGAUUCCGAUCUCUUGAUAACUUAAGGUUUUUUCUACUGAUUUUUAAGUGAUUGUACUUCGAUUUGCUGUAAAACUUUCUUGUUGUCUUUUGGUAGUUUGCUUGUAUGUUAGAUCUAUGUAAGUCUGAAUAAUGUGUAUUAUAUAAAAAACUACUGCUACUUUAAAAACAAUGUGAGUUCAAAAAUAGUAUUUCUCAUCACUCAUGUUAUUGUAUGUAGCUAGGUAUAUACUGUUGCUCUUCAUUAUUGUCAUGUUAUCUUUUGCUUCCCGUAAUCAACCUGUACUCAUGUUUAGAGUAUAUUUUCCUGAUUUACUUCCAUUAUAUUUGUAUUUUUAUCCUGUGCACACGGAUGUUUUCUUACUAAAUGUUCCUGUCUUCUACUGUACUGAUAAAACUAAGAUAGAAAUGCUGUUAAUAACAUGUAUAAAAUAUAAAUUGUGUUACAACACUUGUCUAGAAUUUAUGUUACGCCGUCUUUCAAAACAAAUCUGAUCAGCGCUUCGUUAAAGAUGCAGUUCAACUAAUCUGUUACGCGAUGCAUGUUGAUUCUAAAACAAUUAGCUGUAGCAUGAUUUACCAAGUUUAGUAGUGUUUACAACUAACUAGCUAAGUUUAAUAAGGCCUAGGAACACCAGGCAUCUAGGAGAAAAUUUAGUAUUCCAGGUGGUCUGUGUAGAGCUGCUUUAAAACCAGAUAGGCGAGAGAACUAAAAGUUGAGAACGAAGUCAAGAAACUUCACUUAUUGAUUAUGAAGCAGUACGCCAACACAAAUAAUGAUAUCAGCGAAAUCUAACCAGCCAUUCAAAGGUUAUGAAAACAAUUUUCAUCCUUCAGAAGUUUAUUUAAUAGAGCAUGCAGUGAAGUACAAAAUGAAAUAAUUAUUGCACGGUUAUUGUGAUUCCUG